CUUCUUCUUCUUUCACCCCAGCAGUGAAGUGAAGUAGGACGUCGUCGGCCAUGUUUGUUAUUGUCUAACCGUGUGACGGAAAGUUGUCAGUGGCCCCGUGUGGUGUUGUUAACGUUGCGUGUGCUAAAUGGACCAGGGUUCGGUUUGGUCCUGUUCGUCCGCCAUGCGUGGAUAGCGAGCCCUCCUCCGUCGCGGACCGAGGAUCCCGGCAAGCGGAGCAGCGCCGAGCUGCCGCAGCCAGAAGUGCAGUGAGGGCCUCUCUGACCCCGACGAGCCGAGACGGGCCGACGGUCGUGGAGCCGUCGCCCCAGGGCCAGGCCGCCGAGGCCCCGGGCCAGGACCGCGUCCUCGUCCCCGUCCACCACCGCACCGCGCAGGGGGCUCUCGCGGCCCUCGCCGCCAAGCCAACCUGGCCGCCAACGGCGACCCUGCACCUAAUGGCGACCCUGCUCCCAAUGACGCCCCCAUGGUGGAGUGGGAAGAGGGGGACCGAAUGUCCUUCUAUGACUCGGACCGCUUUGAGGAGGACUCGAUGUGCAGUUGGAGCACCGAGCCCGAGUCUCUGUGCAACAACUGGCGGGGCUGGAAGAAGCAGUCCAACCAGCAGACGACCGUGAGCCACUACAACAGCUCCAAGAAGUUCUACGAGGAUGGAGUCCCUUCAUUGUCUGAGCUGUGUGCAAGAACGGUUGCUGCUCACAUCCCGUUCGAAUUGGUGGAGCAUGUUUACCCUCCAGUACCAGAGCAGCUCCAACUGCGAAUUGCGUACUGGAGCUUUCCAGACAAUGAAGAAGAUAUCAGACUCUACUCAUGUCUUGCCAAUGGAAGUGCGGAUGAAUUCUUGAGGGGUGAGGCACUGUUUCAGAAACGUGCUAUUAAGAGCCCUUUGCAAAUAGGCUUCCAUUUAAGUGCAAGUGUAGCUCCACCUGCCGCAGUCAACCCGUUAGAUGCAACUUAUAAUGUAGCUGUAACGUUUGAUAGAAGAAGAAUAACGUCAUGUAAUUGUACGUGCACAUCAACUGCCUAUUGGUGUUCCCAUGUUGUAGCUGUUUGUUUGUACCGUAUUCACUUGCCAAUGCACGUUUGUCUACGAGCCCCAGUUAGUGAAUCGCUUUCCCGUCUCCAUAGAGAUCAACUUCAAAAGUUUGCCCAAUAUCUCAUUAGUGAGUUGCCGCAACAAAUUCUACCAACUGCUCAACGGCUUCUUGAUCAGCUCCUCUCCACUCAACAAACUGCUAUCAAUUCAGUUUGUGGAGCUCCUGAUCCGACUGCAGGAGCAUCAGUGAAUGACUUAACAUCUUGGUAUCUUGAUGAAAAGACUCUCCAUGAUAAUAUUAAGAAAAUCCUUGUCAAAUUCUGUGUCCCAGCUCCUAUCGUAUUCAGUGAUGUCAACUAUUUAAGCACCACUGCACCCCCAGCUGCUGCAGAAUGGAGUUCUCUGUUAAGACCACUCAGAGGGCGAGAGCCUGAAGGAAUGUGGAAUUUACUGUCGAUUGUGCGGGAAAUGUUUAAGAGGAAUGAUCGUAAUGCUAUUCCUCUGUUGGAAAUCAUCACUGAAGAAGUUUUAGCUUGUGAACAGAUCCUGCUGUGGUGGUUCAACACCAAAGUGGCCAUGCACAGUGGUGCCUCUGGUCAUGGAGGAGGCAAGCACGGCAGUGUAAAUAGCAACAGCCAAGCCAGCCAGCAUGCAUGCUCUUCUCUGUGUGAUGAAAUUGUCGUUCUGUGGAGAUUAGCUGCCUUAAAUCCCGGCUUGGGCCCGGAUGAGAGAGAAUUGCUGCGAGUGCAGUUUCAUGACUGGCAUGUAAAUAUUGUACAGAAAGUAACCAAAGCUAGAGGAAUGACCUCGGCUACCACUGGAGUCCAGUUCAACAAUAACCAGAACAAUGCAACUCCACCUUCAACAAUAUCCAAUUCUAAAACUAAUGCCUUCCGUUCCGACCUCGAAGUUUUCCCUGGUUUCCGACCAGCGUUAGAAGCAAGUUUCUUAGACUGGGAUGACUAUCCUAUUCCUGGGAUAACCUACCAACAUGGAGUUAGCGAACUGUAUCAUUGUCCAUUCACUUGCUUCCGACACGCUGGAGAAGCUAGCAGAUCUGACAAUGUUGUGAACCAGGUCAACUCUUCUCAAGCUGUGUUAAACUGCCAGCUACCAAACACACAUCAUCCACAUCAUUUCCACCAUCAUAAUCCUCAUCUUCAACACAAUAGCGGCUCCAGUUCCAAAACACAACGAGUAGCAAGGACAACUCCUUACGCAACUGAAUUUCCUUCAUUUAUUGGCAAGUGCCCGUUUAAUAUUCCCUUUGGAGGCUCUCUGGCACGUGCUGAUGGCAACAGGAGCAGUGUCAGCAGCGAAGGCUUUUGUGAAAACGAUAAUGAAGGGGAACUUCUUCCUAUACCCAUCAACUUGCCUAUGGUGUUAGCCACUGGUAGAGGGAGUAAUUCUUCUUCAAGCAGUGGAAAUAAUAGCAGUAGUUCAAGCAACAGUGGUGACAGAAAUCAUUUAAGAACGGGUGCUCGUCCCAAGGAGUUCCCUCCCAGUAGUGCUGGAGAAGCCUCUGGUUGGAGCAAAGAUGUCAAGGACAUUGAAAUAGACAAUAUCAAUUGCUUCGGGUUUGACGAGGUGGAGCAUGCGUUCCUUGAAGCUUCGAGAGCAGGCAGUUGCUUCCCAAAGGAGGCGAAACAAAGUUCCAGUCUUGAUGUCGAAGACGAAGAGGAUGUGGGUCUGUUUGACGUAGCUUGCUCAUCAAGAUGCACAGAUUCGAAGGAAAAGAAACCUUCGAGUAAAAGCCCAUCUGAGGCUUCACAUAGCAAGUCCAUCAAAGAAAAUGAACAGGCUGCUACUGCCCCAGAUGCAGCUGAAACCUCCACUAUAAGCAAUGAUUCUGGAGCAGGAGAAGAAGGUGCCUGUGGGCCUGCACCUUCAAGCAGUGCAGAGGCAGAGUCGGAGAGGAGACCCUCCAAGGAUGACUCGGUGUCUUCCUCAACGUCAGAUUCUUACCACUUAUCUGGUGAUGAUUACACAGUGUAUUACUAUGACCCAAAAGCCUCUGGUGGUACCGAUGCUGAAAAGACUGCAACUCAAGAAACUGAUAGUGAAAAGAAGGAAGAGAAACCAAGUUCCUCAAUAGAUAAAUUACUUGAAAAUGUUAAGAAAGAAACAGAUCCAUGGGAGAAUUUGUUUGCAAGGGCGGAGGGUUUGCAUGCACAUGGGCACAGCAAGGAUGCAUGCCAUCUUGCAGUGCAGCUUGCCGAGGAACUGCUGGACAAUCCUCCUGAAUUGAUGAUUGAUGUGCCACCUUUGAUCAGUCGGGGCAAAAGGAAGAAGCAGGUGAAUCCAGCAUCUCAUCAAUUGAGCUGCUUGGCAACCGCUACACUCUCAAAAUGUGCUUUCUUGUGUCAAGUCCUGGCUGAAAAUAGAGACCACUUCCACUUGGCAUUCAGAGUGGGCCUUUUUGGACUCCUAAUGGCCAGACCUCCAGCGAGCACCAAACCAUUGGAGGUUAAAUUAGCCAACCAGGAAAUUGAGCUUGUUGGGCUUUUAAAGAAGAUUCCUUUAGGGACUGCGGAGGUCUCUAUCAUUAGAGAUCAUGCUCAAAUGCUCAAAGAUGGAACCUUAAAGAGUAGAGGAGAAGCAUUACUUCCUACCAUGUUGGCAUCAUUUAUAUUUGAAGUUCUUGUGUCGCCCAAUGGCAGCAAUGGAUUUACAGUACGGGAUUUCAAAGGCCAACUCAUGCCUAACUCAACCCUCAGGUGGACCUCCGACGAGCGCUUGGGCUUUGAGGCUGCAGUUGCUGCUAUGGGCCUUAAAGCCAAUGUUUCUGAAGCUGACCAUCCUCUCCUCUGUGAAGGCACUAGGAGGCAACGUGGUGACCUUGCUAUUGCCUUACUCUCUCAUUACAAGGAUGACCCAGAAAAGGUUGCUCGAAUCAUGGACAAACUUCUUGAUAGAGAUGUGCACCAGUUAAUAAAGACACCUCUCUUGCCUUGCUACUACACCAGUAAUCCUCCAACAAGGAGCUUGAACCGCUCACGUAGGGACGAAGCUAGACAGAGAGAGGCAGCGCAGAAUGCCCAAGUGUCGACUUCAACAAAUGCAGCAACGGGAAGUGGAUCCAACUCUGCUUCCCCAGGGCCAGCACCGUCCACCCCUAGUGCCCCAACAUCAGGAGCAGCAGAAGCAGGCCUUGUUCCUGAUGGCUCUUUGGCCGGCAGCCGUCCUCAUAGUUCUACUAGUGCCGAAUUGGACCAAGGACUGUCUGUAUUGAGCCUGAAUAGUCAUCAAACACCAACUGCACCAACGGGAUCAGCUGCACCAGCUUCCUCUGUACCCACUGCAACCACUUCCACUGCCACUGCUUCGACUUCCAGACCUAAGGAGUCAACCAGAUAUAAGAAUAAGAGAACCUACCCCUCCUUGCCAAACCAACCAUCGGAAUCAGGUGCUCACUUCAUGUUCGAACUGGCUAAAACUGUCCUUGUGAAAGCUGGUGGAAAUAGCAGUACCUCGCUGUUCACUCAAGCCAGCACAAGUACAGGCAAUCAUCAUGGUCCUCACCGUGCCCUGCACAUGUGUGCAUUCCAAAUUGGGCUGUAUGCCUUGGGACUUCAUAAUUGUGUCUCUCCAAAUUGGCUUAGCAGAACUUAUUCUUCUCAUGUAUCAUGGAUCACUGGGCAAGCCAUGGAAAUCGGCGCUCCAGCCAUUUCGUUCUUGAUUGACACUUGGGAAGGCCAUCUUACACCGCCAGAAGCUGUGAGCAUUGCGGACAGGGCGUCCAGAGGUUGCGACCCUAACAUUGUUUCAGCUGCAGCCGAAUUGGCACUGUCAUGCCUGCCACACUCUCAUGCUCUGAAUCCAAAUGAAAUUCAGCGAGCCAUACUUCAGUGUAAGGAACAGAGUGACCAAAUGUUAGAACAGUCCUGCCUCACUGUUGAGACUGCUGCUAAAGGUGGUGGAGUUUAUCCAGAGGUACUCUUCCAAGUAGCCCGAUACUGGUAUGAGCUAUUCAUGAAGCACUGCUCUGGCAGCGAACUGCCCAUCGAGUUCGACAUUCCGGAGCCCGUCUUCACGAUGGAGGCCAACAACAUGAUGGUGCUGGACCCGGGCCCCGCGGCCGGCGGCAUGGGUGGCGUCGGCGUUGCCAACAGCCUGGCCAACAACAUGGCCAACAGCAUGGCUAGCAUCGCCAACGCCAUGAUGCCCCCGCAGAGCAUGCCCGUCAACAUGAUGUCGGUGCCCUUCGGCAUGUCGCCCUACGGCUUCGCCAUGCCGGGCAGCAUGGCUGGCAGCAUGGCGGCCAGCCACCACCCCAUGCAGCCCAUGCAGCCGAUGCAGUCCAUGCAGAACGUGAACGCCUUCAGUGUGCCGCAGCGCAUGCCGCCGCCGCCGUCCUACCCAAUGUACCUCCCCAACUGCCCCAACCAGUACCAGUACCCGCCCAGCUCCGGCGCGCACCCCUCGACGUACAACGCCAUGCCGCACUCGCAGCAGGCCAUGCCGUUCUACCCCAACAUGAGCAUGAGGCAGGGCAUGGCCCAGGGCAUGGCCCAGGGCAUGGCGCAGGGCAUGGCGCAGAGCGCGGGGCCCACGCCCGUCCUCACGCACACCGUGUUCGAGCUGCGCGCCCCCGGCAACCCGCAGCAGGGCCAGGGCCUGCAGGGGCAGGGCCUCCAGGGGCAGAUGCAGGGCCAGGGCCUCCAGGGCCAGGGCCUCCAGGGCCAGGGCCUCCAGGGCCAGGGCCUCCAGGGCCAGGGUCUCCAGGGCCAGGGCCUCCAAGGCCAGAUGCAGGGCCAGCAGCCGAUGCCCCAGUCGCAGCCUCAGAUGGGUCAGCAAAUGAACCUUCCGCCAAGCUUACGUCAGAUCCAGCUCCCCAUGCGUAAUGUGCAGCAAAUGCCCAUGGCUGCGUUCCAGACGUUGUCCAUGCAACAAGGGAUGCCACAGGGCAUGCAGCCUGGGAUGCCUCAAGGAAUGCCCCAAGGCAUGCAGCAGGGCAUGCAGCAAGGAAUGCACCAGGACAUGCAAAUGCCGGUCCAGCAAGUACAGCAGCAGCAGUCUGCCCCGUCGUGUCAAGAUGGGGGGGCAUGCGCCCAGCUCGGCCAAGGCGGCCAAGGCGGCGCGGAGAACAUGAGCAUAUCCCAGGAGGGGCCGGAGUACUGUGAGCUUUCGACCGGGUCUGGGCUGGGCCAGGGACAAGGCCAGGGACAGGGCCAGGGACAGAGCCAGGGACAGUGCCAGGUCUUGAGUGACGAGAACUCGGAGCUGGCUCGUCUGUUCGACGUGGUCCAUCCGCGCGAGCGCCAGUUCUUCCUGGUGCCGGACAUUGCUCUGGAGGGGCACGACCUUCCCGCGCUGGCGUGCAUCCCGCCCAACCCGCCCCAGAUCUCGGUGGUCGAGCCCAGCGAACUGGCCAAGUCUGAGAUCCCCGAGAUCCGCCGGCUGGCCCUGCGCGGCGAGCCGAUGAUCCAGGUGGUCCAGACGAAAGGCCCGUUCGUGGUGGCCGUGCCAGUGGCCCCGGUCAACUCGCCCGCUCAGGCCAUGAUGCCCAACGUCCCUCCGGUUAACCCUCUGGCGUUGGUCGCGCCACAGUGUCAGGUGCACAGGCAUCAGCAAGGGUACACUAACACACAGCUGCGUUAUUUGCUGGCUGCUUACCGAGUGGGAAUGCUUGCUCUGGAGACCCUUGCUCGGAGAGUGCAUGAUGACCGCCCCCAGGCGAAAUACGCUCGCAACCCCCCUUACGGCGAGGAUGUCAAGUGGCUCCUCAGAGUAUCGAAGAAGCUUGGCAAUCAGUACUUGCAUCAGUUUUGUGUGUGCGCUGUAAGCAGCAUAGUGUCACCUUUUGUGCUCCAUGAUGUUGCAUUGGAAGCGGCUCAGUUCCUUGCACGGGUGAAUCCCAGUAUGGCUAUGCAGCAUUUACGUUCAGCUCUUACUCCUCUGGUUUCAAAGUGUCAGCAAAUGUAUAUUCAAUGCCUUCAUCAAAAAUUGUAUCAUUUAACAACUGGUGAUUAUGAAGAUUUUGUGAGCAUUGUUUGCUCUGCCCGAGCAGCAUUCCAAAUAACUCCAGAGGGUGCUCAACAGUUCAAAGAAUGGCUUCAGUCUAUUAAGAGAUCUAAAUCGUGCAAGAAAGAUUUGUGGGCACAGAUCAAUGCAGCUCUUCAGGCAAAAUGACAGUGGUCCGACUCGACCUCUGCUCCCUUGCCUAGGUCGUCCACAGAACCAACCCUGUCCGUCGACUUUUUUUUACUCCCAGACCCAGAACACCAAACAGCUGAGCUGUGAAUUAUUCAUUGUUAAAGGAGUCUCGUGUGUCUUCUUUGUUAGUCUGAACUGACCUGUUGUUAAGUUCAGUGUUAAAGCAUCACAAACUGCAACAAAGUUUUGACUAGGUUUUUAUAAAAUGCAUUACCCUUUCUGUUCCCUUGUAUAAAUUCAUCUGCUUGCCUCACUCCUUUCUAUUUUGUGUGAGGGAGUAAGCAAUGGACACGGUUUAAGUUGAUUGUUGUCCACAUGUCAUGUUAAGUACAUAUCUUCAAUUCUUUCCCGCAUGUUGGCAGGAGGUGUACUUCAUACAUUUCUGUAGCUCAAGGUCUGGUGACCUUAUUUCAAAGGGGCACGGUUUGCUUUUGAUCUCAAAAUAUCCUUGUCAUUUUAGUCUUAUUAUUUUUGUGCAAAGGAGUUUUGCUUAGUAUUGUUCUAAAAUUAUUAUUUAAAUUGUCUUCCAACCUUUAAAUGUAUUUUUCACUAUCUGUCGUCUUUUGUUACUGUCUUUGACCGCUUUGUAAGUUUACUUACAUUUGCAUGCCUGCUUAUAGUUCUUUAUUACAUCAAGAUUCUGUGCACUAUUUGCUUGUCAACAGAAUGUCUUGAUGCAUUGUUAAUGACUGUUUUCUUCAUAGUGGAAUUAUUGUCAACUUUGUUGAUGUUGUUGCUAGUGGCUGGUGUGCAAUAUGGUUGUGUAUGAACUGUCCCUUCACAUAGUAUAAUACAUUUAUGUGUGGAUUCAGUGGAGCACAACAGAACAGUUUAGAUAAUGUCUUCUCAUGCAAUCAGUUUUCAUUUUUUUAGAUUUUCAUAGCUAUAAGGUUAUCUCUAAAUAUAGUUCUGUUUAGGAUCUCAAAAUACUUGGGAGUAUGUUAUUUAUUGAUGUUCUGAAAUGUCAGUGUAUUUCCCUGACUAUAAAUGUUAUUCGAACUGAUUGAGGUUGUAGUUGACUUUUGAUCUGUCUUUGUUGCUUGUAUAUGCACUUUGGCAAUGAUAUUUGAUUGUAUUUUAGAUAAUGAAUGUUCUGCUUUUCAGAAUGUUCCUCUAGGUUGUGCUUUGCCGUGUCAAUUUGAUAAUUAGUACUUGUAUCUCUAGAUUCAGUCCAGAUUGCAACCACAACAAUAUAAAGAUAUCUUUGAUUUUCCUGUUACAUGGUGUUUUAGGAGAUAUAAUUGGAAUUUUGAAGACAAGGACUGAUCUCUUUUGGACAAUGCUUCUAGGCUUGAGUUCUCUCAUUAUCGGCACUCAUUGACUGGUGCCAUUGUUAACUACGUUGUUACUUGUUUUGUGACUCAUGACAGAUUGAUUAGUUGUUGAUUGUGUUUCUGACAAUUUAAUAUAAUGUAGGAUAGUCUUAAUUAUAGCAUUAAGCCUUUUCUCCUUUUAAACUGUUCAUAUCUGUGAUUUUAGAGUUGUAAGAAAAUUUACUUAUUAACCCGUUAAGUUAGCAGUUAAUGCAUAAAAUCAUAAGUUUUGGUCUGUUGAUUUUUAAGUAAUGGAAGUUUUUAAUUUGGAGGGCUUUUCACACUUUUUCCCUAUUGGAUGAGGUGGAAUUUAAUUGAAAUUUUUCACAGCCCUUCUAGCGAAUAUUGUAGUGUAGAUAGUCGAAUUUUGUAAAGACUUUUAUUUUUAACAAUACAAUAGGGUCAUUUAUGGCUAACUUUUUGUUUCAUUAUCUGAAUUUUUUAAAAAUGUUGAAAACUUAGUGGAAAACACAAGUUUUUGUAUCUCGACUUGACUUACUAGUGGUUAAAUUAUUCUGUCUUGUCCUACAAUAUUGUGGUUGGAGCAAGAAAAUUUUGUUGAUUCUUGCAAAAUGUUUCAAAUGCCAGCUGUGUGUAUCCACCUGAAGUCAACAUACGUAUAGCAAAGUUUCUGGAAGGUCGUACACUGCCUAAUUGGUAGUCUAGUCCAUUCCAAUACAUGGUCUCAUCUCUUUUCUCCACAUUUUUCUUUGUUUACUUUUUAUUGCUAUGUAAAGAUUUUUAUUUGGUCACAUCAUAAGCUUAAGCUUUUGACUGUCCAGUCAUUCAAAUUCGUCUAUUGUCCUGUAGUUUUCUUUUGUUUCAAUAAAUUUCUUUGGAUGGCUAGUAGUAUCAGGUGGUUAGGCUGCUUUCAGUUCCAUUAACGAAUAUAGUAGACCAGGACUAGUAAAAUUCAAAGGUUUCUCAUGAACUACUGGAAAUAGUUGUACUUGAUGUUUGUAUGGCCUCGUUGUAUUUAGAAUGGCCCAUGAAUUUAUUUUUUGUCGAGCUUAUCACAAAUUGGGUUACUUAUGGAGGAUGUAAUACUUUAUUGACAAGCGUUGAGGAUGCCUGUAGUGUUGAAUGAGCGAGACGGCAACACCUGCUAAUACACCAGGAUUUGUCUGAAGCUUUGACUGUGUGGUAAUUGAGUCUGAAUAAUUUGUAAGGAUUGUAUAGUGGUGGCAGUUACGCUACAGCAUUGUUUGUUUUAAAGUGCAUUAAAGCUGAUGCACAAUUUAAUUAAGUGAAAGUGUGGACCGGUUUGGAUAUUAUUCAUAAUUCUCAUAGAAAGUUGCUUUCACAUUUUUAUUGCAGUUGAUCAUUUUUCAAGACUCCAUACUUCAGCAUGUGUUUUAUUUACAAAUUUUGGCAGAAGUUAUAACAUUUCGGUAUCUUAAGUUCUCAGAUCAAUCUCAUCUUAUUUAAGCUAAGAAUCUGCUGUACAGCAGUGUGAAACCUUUACAAUGAUGCCAUAAUAUUUGUGGAUUUUCCUACAUUAACCAAUUCAUUAUUAAUCAGAUAAUGGUGAAAAGGUGGUACUGGUAUUAGUUUGUUGUAUUCAUGUCAUGCAAGUCCAGAAGCUUUGUUGUUCCAAUCCCACUUUCCCAUCUUGCUCAAUUCUGUAAAGUUCAUUCUGUAUUCAAACAAAUAAUCAAUUUUCCCUAUUUUCUUAAACAUAUUCACUGUGGGAUGAAUUGCUGAAUUACAACUUAGAAGUGUAGAUAUUCUGGUCAUGCCACCAUAGUUUGGUUUCCUCAAGGAACACUACUUCUGAGAAAAUUUCAAAUGCUUUUGAAAGAACUCAUUUUGUAUUAAGUGAAAGAAACAUUAUAUAUGAUGUACAUAUAUUCAAAUAUACCUAUCAAAUUGUGUAAGUGAAAUAUAAUAUCUCAUGUACAUAGAAAGGAAACUAUUUAAUUAUUGAUGAGUUACUAUAUAACUUUUGAACUGACUGUGUUUCAAUGCCCUCAUUCCCUUCAUUUUCCCCAUCCCUCCCCUCCUUUCGUUUCAUUUCUUCUUUUGUUUCUUUUGUGUGUUUGCGUGUGAACUGAUCCUCUCUCUCUUUUUUUUCUUUUUUUUUUUUUGCACUCAGUUUUUGAGGUCUUGACCUCUUAUUUCUUACCAUAAUUUGUCACACUUAUGUUCCUUCUGAUUUAAUGUUCACUCUUGUGGAUUUUGUGUUAAAAAUAAACGGGCAUAAACUAUUACUAGCUUAAAUCCUUUGUUUAGACCUCCGCUUCUCCUUGCUGUCAAUAAUUGUCAAUCUUGUUAUUUUCCUGUCUUAUUUGGGUCAACUGAAGAAAGACUGCCAUCCUACAUAGUACGAUUUGUAGUGUUAAUCUAUCUCCACUCCCUUGUUUGUAGCAAUGUUUCGUCUAGUUCUGAACACCUUCACCAGUAUGCUUCAACAAGAAUUUCUGAUAUGCCUUCUCCUCUCACUGCUCAGUGUGUGUGAGCCAAUCUCUGACUACUGCUGCUACUAUAAAUUUGGUGGUUGAACAAGCCUUAUUAUUUCUGUUUCUCCCAUAUAAUGUAUUAUUUUUCUUGUUUUACUUCUUUUGUAUUGUUUGUAUUUAGACUGGUAGAUUGAUUUUUUCCCCCUGAAUUUAAGUUUUUGUGUUACAAGUGUGUAAUGAACAUUGCAUCCUCAAACUUAGAAAAUAGAGAUUUGCAAGUUUAAUCACGGUUGCCUUUGUUUGUUAUAGAAUGGCUGUAUAGCCAUUGUUUAUCUUUUGCUAAAAUAGCUAAGGCAAUGCUAUCAUUCAUCAUUUUUGAAGCACUGCAAGUGGAAGGUUUUUGUUCGUUUUUCCAAUUUUUCAAAUUUCUUGUAUUUUCCUCUGCUUAUUUAAAUUUGUCGUUUUGGCAUCCUUGCUUAUAAUGAAAGUUGACUCAGACCAUUCGUACAACGCUUUUGAUUGCCUUGUGUUUUGGAUAAAAAAAAUUUAUUCAUUGCGUCCUAGGAACGUUCGUCUGCCAAUUUUCAUUGCGUCCUUGGAUUUGAUUUUAUUUUUGAUGCAUGACUCCAUGAAUAUGAUAUUGGAUUUCAUUUACAGCAAUUUCAUGUGCUAUGUUUUAUUUCAAAUAAAUGCAUCUGCAGCCGAAAAAUGA